UGCUGUGUUUAGUUUUCUCCAACCUGGGGAGCUCUCGCGCUGCGCUAGCUUCGCUUCGUUGCCUGUUGUCAUGCUCCGAGAGGAACAAGACAUGUUUUUUUUGUUUUGUUUUUUCUUCCCCUCCAGCUGGAAUACGAAGGCGACAACAACAGACGUUAGUGUGACAGAAAGCCACGCUUGAGGAAACCCGGAGCCGCAGUUGGAACCGACCGCUCGGAUAAAGAAUAGCAGAAGUGUUCGCUGAAAAUACAGCCCCCUCCUCCUCCUCCUCCUCCUCCAGCAGCAGUUAGAGGGGCAGGAAUAGCCAUCCGGUUCCCACAUCACAGCUCAUCCACUGCGGCAACCCCGCUCUCUGACUCGGGGCUACUACAACAGCGCCACUGGCACUUUUGGCUUGUAAUAUGGGAUCGUUUGGGAAGGGUGAGGGAUCCGGUUGAAGCCCAGAAAGCCAAGUGGAGCCGACCCGAUCUCGGGGGGGGAAGGAUUGUAAACGCAUUAAAAUGGCUGCGGAGAUGGCAUUUGGGAGAGAAUGGUCCUAAAUCAACGCCGUGAAGCCGAAAAAACACGUCCAAUUGUGAAUUAGCAACGUGGGCUAACAAACUGUUUUGGUUGAGCCGAUGAGGACAACAAGCUGUUUCGUUUUGGGGAAUCUUUGAAGAGGAAGAGGUCUGGCGAAGGGAACUCCUCCGACUUGUGAAUCUAUGCCUGCGGUGGACACGCUUCGCAAUUAAUCUUAGACUCUUUUUUCCCCCCCCAGUGUUAAUCUUGCGUGCCCACCGCUCCACGAAUAUGCUGGACCUCUUUGUUGUAGCCGAAGCGUCCUGAGGAGCCGAGGCUUCCUCCCACCGGAGAAGGCCCCGCUCUGCUCGACCUGGUGGAGGGGAGCAAGGAAGGAGAACCAUGGAGCCCGGAGGCAAAUGUAACCCUAGACUGUUCCUGCUCGGGCCGAGGCUAGCUUCGAGGAGCGAGCCGAGGGGAGUCGGCAAAUAUCUGGUGGCGUACGCCUUGUUUUCCUUCGUGCUGCUGACGCACGCCUCCCCGGCGAAGUCCUGCGACAAGAGCUGCAACUCGGGCAAAUGCAUCAAUGGCUCCUGCGUCUGCGAGCGAGGCUGGGUCGGGGAUCACUGCCAGCACUGCCAGGGGAGGUUCAAAUUGACUGAAGCCUCAGGGUACCUCACCGACGGGCCCUUCAACUACAAGUUCAAAACAAAGUGUACCUGGCUCAUCGAGGCCUAUCCUAAUGCUGUUCUGCGGUUAAGAUUCAACCACUUUGCCACCGAAUGCAGCUGGGACCACAUGUACGUCUAUGACGGAGACUCGGUUUAUGCUCCUCUGGUUGCAGUUUUCAGCGGGCUGAUCGUACCGGAAAUCCGAGGAAAUGAGACGGUUCCUGAAGUUGAGACGACGUCUGGAUAUGCACUGCUACACUUUUUCAGCGACGCUGCCUAUAAUCUGACGGGAUUUAACAUAUUCUACUCGAUAAACUCUUGUCCCAAUAACUGCUCCGGUCAUGGGAAAUGCACCCCUGGGAACUCGGCCGCCAGCAGAGUGUACUGUGAAUGUGACAAGUACUGGAAGGGCGAGGCCUGCGACAUCCCCUACUGCAGGAACAACUGCGGGAGCCCCGACCACGGCUACUGCGACCUCACCGGCGAGAAGCUGUGUGUCUGCAAUGACAGCUGGCAAGGCCCAGAUUGCUCGCUGACCGUUCCUUCGACCGAGUCGUUCUGGAUCCUCCCCAGCGUCAAGCCCUUCGGCACCUCCCUCGCCAGGGCUUCCCAUAAGGCCGUGGUGCAGGAGAAGGUCAUGUGGGCGGUGGGUGGAUACACGUUCAACUACAGCUCAUUCCAGAUGAUUCUGAACUACAACCUGGAGAGUGGCGUUUGGAGCACGGUGCCCGUCAGCGGAGGCCCUGUGCCAAGAUACGGACACUCGCUUGCUGCCCACCAGGAUGAUAUCUACAUGUUUGGUGGGAAGCUGGAAGCCAGUUGGGGCAACGUGACGGACGAGCUGUGGGUGUUCAACAUACCGAACCGGACGUGGCAGCGCAGGAGCCCCCUCGUCGGCUCGCCGGCCCAAGCUCAGGUUUACGCCGUUGAGGGCCACACGGCCCACUGCGUGCAGCUGAGCAGCGGCGAGACCAUCAUGCUGGUCAUCUUUGGUUACUCCCCCAUCUACAGCUACAUCAGCAACGUCCAGGAGUACAACCUGAGAUCCAAGGUGUGGGUGGUACCUGAGACGAAAGGGGCCGUUCCCCAGGGAGGUUACGGCCAUAGCAGCACAUACGACAGCUCCAGCAGCAGCAUCUACGUCCACGGAGGCUAUAAAGCUCUCCCAGCCGGCAAGUACGGCCUUGUGGACGACCUCUACCGCUACGACGUGAACACGAGGACAUGGUUCAUUCUGAGAGAAAGCGGCUUUCCGCGGUACCUGCACUCGGCGGUGCUCCUCAGCGGCACUCUGCUCGUCUUCGGCGGCAACACGCAUAACGACACGUCACUCAGCAACGGGGCCAAGUGUUUCUCCGCUGACUUCCUCGCAUACGACAUCGCCUGUGAUGAGUGGACACUCCUACCCAAACCGGACCUGCACAGGGACGUCAACCGUUUCGGCCACUCGGCUGUCGUCAGCAAUGGGUCUAUGUACGUGUUCGGGGGCUUCUCCAGUGUGUUGCUGAAUGACGUGCUCGUAUAUCGACCUCCCAGCUGCCAGGCCUUCCUGGCAGAGGAGGGCUGUGUAAAUGCCGGGCCAGGGGUCCGCUGCGUCUGGAGCAGGGGGCGCUGUGUCCCCUGGGAGCCCAGCAUGGCUAAUGGCAGCUCCACUCCCGUAACUUUCUGCUCCUCUAAAACAGCCACAGUGGACGACUGGUGCUAUAGGUUCUCAGAUUGCGGCAGCUGCACAGCAAACACUAAAGGCUGCCAGUGGUGCGACGACAAGAAGUGCAUCUCUGCCUCCAGCAACUGCACCUCUGGCGUGAAGAACUUCACUGAGUGCCCGGUGCACAUCGAGCAGGUGUGCAGCAAGCUCGCCAACUGCAAGAGCUGCUCCCUGAAUCUCAACUGUCAGUGGGAGCAGAAUCACUCGCAGUGCCACUCUCUGCCUGCACAACAGUGCAGCGAGGGCUGGAGUCAGGUGGGCGACGCCUGUCUGAGGAUCAACUCCAGCCGUGAGAGCUACGACAACGCCCAGCACUACUGCAAGAACCUCAACGGGAACAUUGCUUCUCUCACCAACUCCAAGCAAGUGGACUUUGUACUUGAGGAGCUUAAAAAGCUUCAGGAGCUAGAGAAGCGACUGUCUCCCUGGGUGGGCUUGAGAAAGAUCAACGUGUCGUACUGGGGCUGGGAGGACAUGUCUCCCUUCACCAAUAGCAGCUUGCGCUGGCUGCCCGGAGAGCCCAGCGACUCUGGUUUCUGUGCCUACUUGGAGGAGCCUCAGGUUUCGGGCCUACGGGCCAAUCCGUGCACUGCAACCGCUCACGGCCUCAUCUGUGAAAAAGCCACCGGAAACCCCAACCAGAGUAGCCGCACGUCCUGCAAGAAGCCCUGCUCGCUGCACACGACCUGUGCCAACUGCACCAGCCAGGCCAUGGAGUGCAUGUGGUGCGGCAGCACGCAGCGGUGCGUGGACUCCAACGCAUACGUCAUCUCCUUCCCCUAUGGCCAGUGUUUGGAGUGGCAGACGGCAGACUGCGUGGCUCAAAACUGUUCGGGACUGAGGACGUGCACCCAGUGCUUGGAUCAGCCUGAGUGCGGCUGGUGUGGCGACCCCAGCAGCACAGGAAAGGGGAUGUGCAUGGAGGGCUCCUACAGGGGGCCGAUGAAAAGAGUGACGAAGCAGGGCCAGCAGAGCCCUUCCAAUGACAUGAGCCUGGAGCCUGGCAGCUGCCCCAAAGACAAAGGCUUCGAGUGGGCCUUCAUUAACUGCCCCGCGUGCCAGUGUAACGGCCACAGCACGUGUGUUAACAGCAGUGUAUGCGAGCAGUGUCGCAACCUCACCACUGGUCCUCACUGCGAGACCUGCAUGCCAGGUUAUCACGGAGACCCGACCAACGGCGGCAAAUGCCAAGCUUGUAAGUGCAAUGGUCACGCAAAUGUGUGCCAGGUGUUAACGGGCAAGUGCUUCUGCACCACCAAGGGGAUCAAAGGAGACCAGUGCCAGCUAUGUGACUCAGAAAACCGUUACCUUGGCAAUCCACUCAGAGGAACCUGUUACUAUAACCUCCUGAUUGACUACCAGUUCACAUUCAGCCUCAUCCAGGAGGAUGAUAAUCAUUACACCGCUAUUAACUUCAUGGCCUCACCUGAGCAGGCAAACAAAAACUUGGACAUGUCCAUCAAUGCAUCAAACAACUUUAAUCUCAACAUCACGUGGUCCGUGGGUUCAACAGCUGGAACCAUCUCUGGAGAGGAGGUGCCCAUCGUGUCCAAAACAAACAUCAAGGAGUACAAGGACAGUUUCUCCUGUGAAAAGUUCACCUUCAGGAGCAACCCUAACAUCACGUUCUAUGUGUACGUCAGUAACUUCUCAUGGCCCAUCAAGAUCCAGGUAGGAACAACAUCUGAGACAUGAUUUUUGCCCGAAUGC